AUGGUCAAACACGAUAUAAUUUGUUUAUUGGGUAAUCGUGGUUGUGGUAAAUCGAAUAUUUGUGAAAUGAUAAAUUCGAAAAAUGAUGCUAACAACAGUACUAUUGUUGCCAUUGAACCUAGUAAUGGGCUAGGUGUAAAAUAUGGAAUUGAUCUAAAUAUUGUCGAUAAAUUGACAUUAGAAUAUACUUUUGAUGCAGCAGAUUUCAAUAAAAUUAUAUUACCAGAUCAAGCAAUAAAUCAAGAACAAAUUUAUUGGAUUAUCUUAGAUUGUGAAACUGAUACAAUUCUAAAACGAAUACAAUCACGACCUUCAAGAGAUAUUUGGGAAACACGAAAAGCUUUAAACUAUUUCCAACAACGUUUUCGUCAUUUGAGUGCUCAUUUUGGUAUACCGUUUGUUGAUGCAACACAACGAACAUUGGAACAAGUUUAUGAUGAAGUACUUGAUAUCGUUAGAAAAUAUUCAGACUAUUAUCGAUAUUAUCGUCAAAUGAGUACUCAAACACUUAAUUAUAAUCAAAUUCAAGAAUGUGAUCUUGAAAAUAAGCUUUAUAAAACGAUAAAUACCUAUGAUAUUGACAAAAUAACAAAUUUACCUGAAUAUGGAGAAGAAUUUGAUAAUAUUGAUAAACGAAAAUUAUACAUAAGAUGGUAUAUCAACAAUAAUUCAUUAGAAAUCGAUCAGCAAAAGAAAAUUCUUCAAAUUGGAGA